GAUUAGCAACUCAGCAGAUAUCAGCUUUCUUAUCUCCCUCUCUCGCGAUUACAGGAUAAGAACGCCACUAUACCAUGUCAAGAAACGGAAUUGCUCAUGGUUCAGUUUACUGUGAGCAAGUGGCCGCGAUGGAUGAGUUUUUAUUGGAUCUGGUGGAGAUUAUCGAGGACAACGAGAAGGACCUUAAGCGACUCCUCCUCGGCAUUCCCAAACUGCUGCAGGAUAAUGGAAACGAAAGCACAUUACUUGGCGCCCAACUGAUUAAGAUUUUAUCUUCAUCGAACUCCGACAGCGUUGAAAAAAUUCGGCCACAAAGUCGCUUGGUGGAUGGAAAAAUGCUGGUGAAUCAGCUUUUGGUCAUAGCCAACGAUAUUCUUUACGGAGAGAGGGAGAAAUGUCUUGGGAAAUUGUUUGACGCCACUCAGAAGCUUUUAGAGUCCAACGAGCCUCAGAGAAUGAGAGGCGCCUACUUUCUGAUAGCCAAGAUGCAGUUGUUGUGCGAGGCCAGUGAAGGAAUAGGCCAAUUCCUACUGGACGUUUUUCAGUGCAGCGGUGAGCAGUUGUCAGCUUUUGUGAAAAUCGUGGCAAGCGUGGAGGAGCAGGAGACCGAGCUGGUGGUCAGUUCCCUUAGCACCCAUCUACCACUGUUGGGCUUAUCCAGCGAUCUCGGCGGCCAUUGGUUGCGCUUUAUACGCAUUUUGUGUCUAAGACUCCUGCAGGAGAAACGAAUCCCGGUGCUGCGCCAGAUAAUCCUCUACUUUCACGACCAUCUUAGCGUUCCUCAACUGUGUCGUCUUGAUCUGCUGCACCAAUUUUUAUUAGCUACCAACAAUAACCAGUUGUUUAAUUACGAAGGUCAAGACUACCUAGUACUGAAGAACGGCAAUUUUUUUAUUGGUGCUAAUGCUCACACUUUACUGACGGCAAUGGUGGCCGUUCCAUGGAAGGACAUUCCCUUACUGAUUUGGCUGCGACGUUUAACGGUUACACAAUUUCCGAUUGCUUCUCUGGAGUUGAUCCAAAAGUUAGGCUCUAGAGUUCAAGUCUUCAAUAACUAUCAUAUUCGACAACAUGUGAUCCUCACGUUUUUUUUCUUAUUCAGAAUCACAAUUGAAAGCUUAUCUGUGUCGGAUUAUAUACAUUUAAUAGCAGCCACGAUAAAUAAAUACGAUGAAAUGUUUUAUUUAUCGGAUGUAAAAGCAAAAAUUGAAGCCUCUUCAAAUUUUGAAGUUCAUAUUGACAGUUUCAACAAGCAUUCUUAUGAACUUCUUGUGAAUAAUAUUGAAGAAAUAUCUGGACUCUUUCCUAUUUUUAUAAAAAAACUGGAGACGAUUCCUAAGCACAAACAUGGCUGGUGGCGAUUAAUUCUUUUCCAAAGAGAAGUGAACGAUGAAGUCAUGGACUUCUAUCGCACCGUUUACAACGUGGACACAUCAAUGCUCCUUAAAGAUAAGAGUCUAGAAAAGAUUCAACUGCACCUAAUUGAUCGACUUGGCUGCAAGACAAGCGAGGAAAGGGCAUUUUUAAGAUCGCGAUGCAUGGAUCUUUUCGUCCUAAUAAACCUUAAGUCCUGGAGCCAGUUUAACGAUUUAAAUUUAAAACCCCUGGAUGUAUUAAAUCAGGUUGUAUUAAAUCGAAAUACUUUUGGUCAUUUAGUAAAAAUAUUAGGUGAUCACAGCGAAAAACUAGUAGAUGAAAGCAUACUGCGCGAUCUGAUUUCCCAUAUAAAGACGUAUGACGAAGUUAAUGCAAUCUUUAAGUAUGCGGAAGCUCAUUUGACGUUGGAGGAACGUGAAAAAUGCGUAACGGACCUAUUGCAUCUUGAUUCCCCUGUUUGGUUUGUCGCUAAUUACUUUGAUACAUUGACACUUCCGAUACCCUUCCUUAAAAAAAUGAUUCUACAUGGCGAACCCUUAACGGGAGAUGCACGCAUUGAAGCCGCCUAUGCAACCAAAGUUUUUUUUGAACAAAAUAGAAAAAAUUUCUUUAUUAAUUGCGCCUCAAUCAGUGAAAAAGAUGAUGUUAGUAAGCUGUGUGAUGAUCUGCUAAGCAUUAACAAUGAGCUGUCCGUUGAAAAUCCGGGCUAUUUGGAAAAUUCCAAGGUGCACAGACGAAAAAUACGUAUUCUUAUUGCUUUGUGGAGAUUGCAUAAACAAUGGAAAUGGUCAGAUAAGUUAUGGGAAGCGCUGCUAUGUUCCAACGAUUUAUUGGGAAUCAACAUCGUGUACGAGCAUCUGGUAGCCCAAAUGCUACCAAGCAUUCAACCCCUACUGCAAAAACUGCAGGUGCUAUUAACUCUAGAGGCAACCCAACAGGAAUCGCUCCUCUCCGUGGUACACAUUUACACCUUAAAGAAUUGGGAGGAUCUUGAGAAAAAUAUUUACAUUUUGGAACAGAUUUUCACCUUGCUACUACCGUUGACGAUGGUAUCAAAUUCGCAAACACGUCGACUAGCUCAACUAGUUCUGCAUAAAUUGGCAUGCAAGUCCCAAAAAGAAAGAACUGAACUUCCACUAGCUAAUACCCUGAAAACCUCCUUAGAAGCUACUUUGGGGAAGGAACUUAGGAAUCAUAAAGAUGAUCCUCUAUUUCCACCUAUUCAUUUGAUGUCAUUUUCACUAAAGGUUGAACACUUAUUAAAUAUGACAAAUGCACCAUUUGAUGAAUAUGAACGCGCUCGGGAUAUGGAAUAUGAUCGAACUCUAAAAAAGUACAGAGAAGGAGCAGUUCUAUCUUCAGCCGAGUUGUUUAGAUCUAAGAAUCACGAAAUCAAGUCCACUCAAAAGUGAAAAGAGCAGAGUACUGCAUAACAAUAAAUCAAUGUAUGUAUAUCUAUUAAAUAUAUUCCUUCGAAAUACGUAAAAGGAUUUUAAUAAAGUUAUAUCGAAAA